AUGAAAAAGUUUAUGUCUUUGAUUAACAGGAUCAGUCUUACAACUGACUUGUGGUGGUCUAGUGAGCAGAGGAUAGGUUAUAUGACUGUGACUGGUCAUUUAAUUGAUUCAAAAUGGCAGCUUCACAAAAGAGUUUUAUCUUUUAAGAAUGUGCCACCACCACAUUCAGGUGAGGUUUUGUGUAGAGAAUUUAUUAAUGUCGUGGAUGACUGGGGCAUAAGGGAUAAGGUUGUUUCAAUUUCAGUUGAUAAUGCUAGUGCCAAUGAUAAUUGUAUUGUUAAGUCGAAGAGAGAUUAUUCUGGUAGGAGAAAUCUACCAUUGAAUGGUAAACUGUUUCAUGUGAGAUGUUGUGCACACAUCCUAAAUUUGUUGGUUCAGGAUGGUUUUGAUAUGAUUAAGUUGACUGUUGAUAAGAUUAGGAAUGGGAUCAAAUACUUGCUGAAUUCUGAAACUAGAUGCAAAGUCUUCAAAAAAUUUGUUGAUGAGUUGCAACUUGAAGGCAGAAUGCAAGUGUUGGAUACUAAGACUAGGUGGAACUCAACUUGGGUGAAGGUUCUACUUGACAAACCUUCAAGUAUCUCAAAUAAUCCUCAGCUGCAAGCGCUUGCUAAUGAAAUGAAGUUAAAAUAUGACAACUAUUGGUCAGAGUCUAAUACAUUGAUUUCUAUUGGUGCAGUUCUUGAUCCAAGGUAUAAAAUGAUCUUCAUCAAAUGGGUAUAUCCCUUCUUGUAUUCAAAUUCUACUCAAGCCACGGCCUAUGAACAAGAGUUGGCAACCAACUUAAAUUCUCUCUUCCAAUUAUAUCAAGAUACCUAUGGAACCAAUGGUGAGAAUGUCCCUGGAUCUGAGACUCCAGAGGUUGGGUCUAGUUCUGGGUUGGGAAGGAGGAGUUUUGAAAUGUUUUUAGAAACUGUUGUUGGUAACACUAAUUCAAAAUUUGAUCUUGAAUUAUAUCUUGAGGAGCCUCCCUUAAAAGUUCUCCCUAAAACUAAGUUUGAUGUUUUAACAUGGGGAAUGAAGCCAAUUGUAAUUGUUGCUUCUGAAGCAAUUUUUAGUACUGGUAAAAGGGUUAUUGAUCCGAAACGAUCUUCAAUGAAAACUAAGACAAUUGAAAUGGUUCUUUGUGGGGGUGAUUGGGUGAAGGAGAAGUAUGGAAUUAAAAAGGGCUGCACUGCUAGCAUUCUUGGAGAACCACAAGAUGAACCUUUAGCAUAUCAUUUUGGUGAGGAUCCGGUUGUCGCUUCUUCUAUAACAACAACUUGA